AUGUUCCAGAUUCAUAUAGGUUUGGAAAAACAUUGUUCUCAAUCAGAAAAGCUUAAGGACAGACACAACACUCUGCACUGCCCUCUUACGAGUACUGUCUCACUUCCGCACCUGAUAAUCUACCUCAUCGCCAUGCUCACGUCCCCUCCAUCCAAGAAGGAGACUUGGUGGUACUAUGCUGGUCUGCCCUCUAACCCAAGAUUGGUCGCUCGCACAGGCAUUCAGUGGAAGGCACCCACCGGCCCAGAGGCGUACCGAGUAAUCAGGGAACUCCGCACUGUCGGUAACCAUGCGCUCCUUGACGUUUGGGAAGACAAUUUGGCCCUCAAGAUACACGACCUUCUAGACACGAUGAAGGUGAAAUGGACUAGUACCGACGUCGUCCGCAUCGGGAACGCCGAGGAAUCUUCCUCCACUGUCGUCCUCUGGAUUGGGAUAAAACCAGCAACUCUCUCUGGCUAUGACGGCCUUGAUGUGGCUUCGAAGUGUCGGAACCUCCUGAAAGAAUAUAAUAUCACUGACGUGGAGGUCGAGAUCCGCGAAUGUCCGCGAUCCACUUACCACCACUCUCGGUCUCCCCAUCUCGUCCCAUUUACACCUUGGGCUGAAGGUACCGGCGGCUUCUUCAUUGCCGAGGGUGAUAACAAGAGGCUCCUUCUUGUUACUGCCCGCCACGUCGUCUUUCCACCAGAUAAGAGCAAGAACAGGCUCUUCGAGCACAAGGACGAUAGCCAACCCCGUCACAACGUUACUCUGUUCGGAGAUGCAGCGUUCGAAAGGUACCUUAAAUCCAUCCAGGCUGAGAUCGAAGGCAAGGAAUUCUAUGUCGAGUAUUAUGGGAGAUGCAUUAGUGAGGACUCGGAUGAGGGAGAGGAGGGAGAGGACAGCCCGGCAGUGAAAGAGAAGCACGCGAAAUACCAGGACGAGAUAGACAAGAUGAAGAAGGCGAAAGAAGCGCUCAACGCUUUCUACCAGGACGUGUCAACUCAGUGGAACACUCCGGAAAGCCGCAUUUUAGGCCAUGUCAUCCUCUCUCCUCCCAUCGACGUUGGUGUAAGCAGCGAGUGUUAUACUGAGGACUGGGCUGUCAUCGAGAUCGACCCGUCCAAGAUCGACAAAAGCAACUUCAAUGGGAAUGCCAUCUAUCUCGGUUCUUUUGAGAAGUUUAUUCGUAUGAUAAUUCCCGACUUCGGCCUUCAGAGGACCCGUUCGUUCGAUUAUCCAGUCGACAGUCUUCUCAAGUUGCAUGGCACUAUCCCAGACGAGGGGAUGCGUUACCGGACUGCACUCGAUCACGACGACCUACCGUGUCCUAUGGCUAUCAAGCGCGGUAUUUCCACAGGCCUGACGGUCGGCCGUGCAAACAACAUCUUCUCAUACGUCCGUAACUAUUCCGACGAUGAUAAUCCCAAGACCUCAAAAGAGUGGGCCAUCCUCCCACGGAACUCCGAGUCUGGUGCCUUCUCAGAAAAGGGCGACUCAGGUUCCGUUGUUGUCGACAGGCAUGGACGCAUUGGUGGUCUUCUCACCGGCGGUACUGGCGACAUGGGUUCCGACUUGGAUUCCUUUGAUAUCUCGUAUGCUACGCCAAUCACAUUCCUCCUCAAGCGUAUGACAGAACAGGGACUCCAGGAUCUCAACAUUGACCCAGUCCUCACUGCCUAG